CUGCAAUUUAUAACAAAAUUAUUAGUAACUGUUAAAUUAAUUAAGAAGACAAGAGUUACGCGGCUAUACAUGUAUAUCUCCAAUGGUCCACGUAUACUCAUCGUUUAGUACUGCAAUCUUAUUUACAUUGGAACACGAUAAACAAUCGUAUAAAUGGAUUAAUUGUUGAUAAAAAACAGAUAACAGUACAUAUUUUUCAUUUUCCUAUUGGUAACACUGAUAAAACAUAGCAGAUGGAUGACACAUUAAUUUGACAUAUACUUUUGUAGGAUUUUUAUAAUCAACAGAAUUGUUACACCGAUUAUAAGUUUUCGUCAGGGAAGCUAGCCUAAAAUUUAUAAAUGAACAAGGAAAAUUCAGGGACGAAGACAGGCAAACAUUAUCCUUGGAAGGAUGUUGGCAUAUCAGACCCACGAGCUCGGUUAAAAUCCAUUGCCGAUUAUGCUUCCGCAGUAGAAAUAGAUCGUAACAUUCCACCACAAAGAUAUUAUCGUUCUGGAGUAGAAAUGAUCAGGCAGGCAGAUAUGUGCCUAAAAGAUGAUGAUCUCGAGUACGCAUAUUUUUUGUACCUCAAGUUUAUAACGAUUUUUGUUGAAAAAAUAAGAAACCAUCCUGAUUUUAAUGCAGCAAGAUUGAAAGACAGAGAAGAGAAUCAACAAACGUUGCGUAGAGUAAUGCCUAAAGCUGAAGAGCUAAAGAAACAAUUAUUAGGACAAUAUCAAACAGAAUUACAUAAGUAUUUAGAAGAUGUCAAAGAGAGGGAGAAAAAAGAAAAGGAAAGACUGAAGCAGGAAGAGUUGGAAAGGUUAAGAGAAGAAGAAGAAAAAAGAACGAAAUCCGCUGCUUUGGCAGCUGUUAAAGCAGCGAAAGUUGCUAUGACUGCAAAUAUAAUAUCCCCUGAUGAUGCUAAACUUAAAAGGAUUCCUAGUGCACCUCCUAAGACAUUGACGAGCCCACCUACCGAUUUACCUGCACAAACAUCUUCUAAAGAAAAGAGACCUGCUGUAGAUCGUUCAACAAAACCUGCGCAAUGUGAUAGUUUUACUUUAAGAGAUAUAGUAUUACCAACUAAAUUAAUGCCCAGUUUCCUUAUGCUGGCCUUCAGCAAUACCAUGGGCAACAAGGAAACUUGCGGCAUACUAGCCGGGAAAUUAGAAAGAAAUAAAUUACUAGUCACUCAUUUAUUAAUUCCUGAACAAACUGGCUCGCCAGAUUCCUGCGUGACACACAACGAGGAAGAUAUAUUUGACUAUCAGGAUCAACAUAAUUUGAUCACCCUGGGUUGGAUACAUACACAUCCUACACAGACUGCAUUUUUGUCUAGUGUCGAUCUUCAUACACAUUGCGCAUAUCAACUUUUGAUGGCUGAGGCAAUCGCUAUUGUUUGUGCUCCUAAACACGAAGAGACAGGAUAUUUUAUUUUAACACCGGAGUACGGACUUGAAUUUAUUGCUAAUUGUAGAGAAACAGGUUUUCAUCCGCAUCCAACUGAUCCUCCAUUAUACAUGAAAGCAAAGCAUUGCAAAUUGGAUGUAACGGCGAGCAUAAAUGUUGUGGAUUUGAGGAGAAAAUCAUGAAAUCUAUUUGAUGUAUAAGUAUACAUUUUCGCGCUACAUGUAUACUUGUUCAUAUAUGUACAACUGCUGUGUAACAAGUUAUAUCUAGGGACACGGUAGCGUCCCGAAGGCAAGUUUGAAUCUGAACAUGGCAGAUUGCCUGACGGGUCACCUCGUUCCUUAUAUAUACACGUAAAUUUGACAUUC